AAUGCCUAAAACCACUAGUUCUGGAACAUCAGCCACACCAACUACUUCUGAAAGUUUUAGUAGUACAACAUUCAUACCAGAAUCAACAACUCAACCUAAAGAAACAACAUCACAGUUUAUAACUACUGGUUCUGGAACAUCAGCUACACCAACUACUUCUGAAAGUUUUAGUAGUACAACAUUCAUACCAGAAUCAACAACUCAACCAAAAGAAACAACAUCACAGCCUAAAACAACUCAACCUAAAGAAACAACAUCAAUGCCUAAAACCACUAGUUCUGGAACAUCAGCCACACCAACUACUUCUGAAAGUUUUAGUAGUACAACAUUCAUACCAGAAUCAACAACUCAACCUAAAGAAACAACAUCACAGUUUAUAACUACUAGUUCUGGAACAUCAGCUACACCAACUACUUCGGAAAGUUUUAGUAGUACAACAUUCAUACCAGAAUCAACAACUCAACCAAAAGAAACAACAUCGCAGUCUAAAAGCACUAGUUCUGGAACAUCAGCUACACCAACUACUUCUGAAAGUUUUAGUAGUACAACAUUCAUACCAGAAUCAACAACUCAACCAAAAGAAACAACAUCGCAGUCUAAAAGCACUAGUUCUGGAACAUCUGCCACACCAACUACUUCUGAAAGUUUUAGUAGUACAACACUCAUUCCAGAUACAACAACUCAACCUAAAGAAACAACAUCACUGCCUAAAACCACUAGUUCUGGAACAUCAGCCACACCAACUACUUCUGAAAGUUUUACUAGUACAACAUUCAUAUCAGAAUCAACAACUCAACCUAAAGAAACAACAUCACAUCCUAUAACUACUAGUUCUGGAACAUCAGCCACACCAACUUCUUCAGAAAGUUUUAGUAGUACAACAUUCAUACCAGAAUCAACAACUCAACCUAAAGAAACAACAUCACAUCCUAUAACUACUAGUUCUGGAACAUCAGCCACACCAACUACCAUGGAAAGUUUUAGCAGUACAGCAUUCAUUCCUGAUUUAACUACUCAACCUAAAGACACAACAUCACAGCCUCAAAGAACCAGUUCUUCAAUAUCUCAAACACCAACUACUACUGUAAUUUUUUUGGGUUCAACAGAGGUGAAGGAUUGGACUAAAACAUUUCCUACAUUUACUGAGUCUUCCCUGAGUUCUACUGUGCCUGAUUUUAAUAAAUGUAAUAUUGAUGGAGUGACAAUUAGGGAAGAGUUGAAAUUCGAGCCAGUAGAAAAUGUAGCAGUUGGUUGGAUUGAAAAGGAUGAACAAAAAGGAGUUUCGAGAUUUGACGAAUUAGUAUUUUUAAAUGACAAAAUUGAAGCAGGUGUUUUGUUACAUGUAAAUUGUAGCACUUGCUCCUGCAACUCAAAGUUUGAGUUAAAAUGUAACUUAAAGGAUUGUGAUAAAGAUUGUACGUGGAAAGAUUGGUCAGAUUGGACUGAAUGCUCAGAAACAUGUGGGAAGGGUAAAAGAAAUCGAACAAGAAUUAUGAUACCUUCAGUAGGAUUGGGCAAAAAGUGUAGUGGGAAGAGUUUUGAAGUAGACUGGUGUAAUACAUUUGAUUGUCCUGUGGAUUGUCAGUGGUCAAAUUGGAUGGAAUGGAGUAAGUGUAGUGCUGAAUGUGAUGGAGGGACUAGAAACCGAACAAGAAAUGCAAACAAUCCACCUGCUACCCAUGGAGGUAAGGAAUGUAAUGGUACAGACAUUCAGAUGGAGUCUUGUAAUGACAAACCUUGUCAUGAAAACUGUUCACAUAACAAAAUUUGGAUCUCAGACUGCCAAAAAUAUUUGCACUGUCCCAGCUCAUGUGCCAGUUUGAAAAGUGUCGAUAGUUGUGUUGAACCAGAAGUAUGUGAACCAGGGUGUAAAUGUAGAAAUGGUACAGUCUUAAAUGACAGGAAUGAAUGUGUUGAACCAAAUUUAUGCCAGUGUAAUAUUGAUGGGAAAAGAUAUAGUACUGGAUCUGUUAUUCCAACAGGAAACCCUUGUCUUGAAUGUAUAUGCAAGGAAGGAAAGAAAGACUGUGUCGAAAAAGAUUGCAAUUGCAAAUGGUCCAAUUGGUCUGAAUGGUCAAAUUGCAGUUCAGAAUGUGGAGAAGGUACAAAAAUAAGAACUAGAGAGCCUAACAACCCACAAAAGUAUGGAAAUGGACAGAAAUGUAUUGGUGAUAGAGAAGAGAAAGAUUCCUGUAAAAAUAAGGAAUGUCCAGUUUGCCAUGACUACAUGGGAAAUAUUUAUAAUGAUAAGGAAUCUGUAAAUGAUACAAUGUGUGAAAAUUGCUACUGCAAUAUAGAUACUGUAAUAUGCAUUGAGAAGGACAAUAGAAAUAUAAAUGGUCAAUGGUCUGUUUGGUCUAGUUGGUCUGAGUGUUCUUUAUCUUGUGGUGGAGGAUUUCAAACAAGGACUAGAAAUUGUAAUAAGCCAAAACCUCAAUGUAAUGGUAAAGAGUGUCCAGGUAAACAAGCUGAGCAGAGGAAAUGUAAUGAAGAUGUACUUUGUACCACAACACCAACUAUCCCAUCAACAACAACUGUUCCUUGUUCAGAGAAUGAGCAUCUAAAUCCAGAAGAAAGUUGUGAAUUUUCAUGCAAUAAUACAUCAAGGUUGAACGGAUCCUGCCUUAAUCCAACAAAACCUGAUAGUUGCAUAUGUAAAAAAGGAUAUUAUAGAGAUCACUUGAACAAUUGUGUAGAAAUUGAUAAAUGUAGUGAAUGUUAUAAAAAUGGAAAACUAAGGGAGCAAUGGGAUGAUGAAAAGGAUAAAUGUAUUUACUAUAAGUGUAUUAAUAACAAACUGGAACAUUAUAACAAAAGUGAAGAAUGCAUUUGUCAAACAAACGAAGUAAAGGUAAUUAACAAAGAAAAAUGCUGCUCUUGCGAAAAGAAACCUGAUAAUGGUACGGAAUGUAAGUUGAAAGAGAAAACGGAGAAACUAACAAUUAAUCAUCCUACUUUUCCAAAUACUAAAUGUAUUUCUGUAAAAGAAGAGAGAUUGUCAUAUUGUGAAGGACAGUGUAAUUCAAUGGAUAGACCUCAAAUAUUUUAUCGGGACACUUUAAUAGCUCAUCAAAGAGAUUGUAAAUGUUGUAGUGGUAAGGGGAAAUUAGUUAAUAUUGAAUUUGAUUGCGAAGGAAAGAGUGAAUCGAUGCAAAUUAUUCAAUUUGAACAGUGUAACUGUAAAUCUUGUUCAGGCUAG